AUGGACAGGAUUCUCGCACAUCUUGCCAACUGUAAGAGCAUGAUGGAUGCUUUUAAAGCCGGUGGAGAUUUCCAUUCAAAGACUGCUAUGAAUAUGUAUCCAUAUAUUCGUGUAGCAGUUGGGAAAAAGGAAGUGCUUCUCGAGUGGGAUCCUCAGCCUGGUGAAGAUAAGCCCCCAGUUCCUCUAUUAAAGGAUGCGUUUGGUUCUGAAAGAAGAAAAGCUAAAAUGCUUAACUUCUCAAUUGCAUAUGGGAAAACUCCAGUGGGGCUAUCUAAGGAUUGGAGGGUUUCUGUGAAAGAAGCUAAGAAAACAGUUGACCUUUGGUACAAUGACAGAAAAGAAGUUUUGCAAUGGCAAGAGGAACGUAAACAAGAAGCUCGUAAGUUUCAUUGUGUCUACACAUUGCUAGGGCGAGCCCGGAAAUUCUCUUUGAUGGCCCAAGCUAAUACCUAUCUGAAAAGUCACAUUGAGCGUGCUGCUAUUAAUACUCCAGUGCAGGGUAGUGCUGCUGAUGUUGCCAUGUGUGCCAUGAUACAAAUUUCCAAUAAUAAAAAGUUGAAGGAGCUUGGAUGGAAGUUACUUUUAUCUGUUCUGAUAAUGCAACACUUUGUCCUAUUCUCUCUUAUAUUUAUUUCUUUGCACUUGGAGUGUAAUUCAAAAGUAAAGAGACUUGGAGUGUAUGCUAUAUUUUGA